GAUGCAUGCAACUCGUGGACCGGUCGCUGGAAGCAUCGCGGUGACCAGAGGAGCCGGAAGGAGCACGGGCAGCGGCAGCAUUUGAGCCGCCGUAACGCUUCGGAUCAAGCAGAGCGUAGCUCGCGAUCAUGGAUUUGAACGAGAGCUUUCCGGCCGUUCCGACGGGCCCGGCGUCAAACGCGAGCGCCGACUAUGAGGACUACUACGCGGAUCCCGACGGCAGCAAAAUCAUCAUCCCGUCCAUAUACGCUCUGGUCUGCUGCGUGGGCCUCACGGGCAACGCCAUGGUCAUUUAUGUCAUUCUCAAGUACGCCAAAAUGAAGACGGCGACGAACAUUUAUAUCCUCAACUUGGCCAUCGCCGACGAGCUGUUCAUGCUGAGCGUGCCCUUUUUCGCCACGUCGGCCGCCGUGCGUCACUGGCCCUUCGGCUCGUUCAUGUGCCGGCUGGUGCUGAGCGUGGACGGCAUCAACAUGUUCACGUCCAUCUUCUGUCUUACCGUGUUGAGCGUGGACCGCUACGUGGCCGUGGUUCACCCCAUCAAGGCGGCGCGCUACCGCCGACCCACCGUGGCCAAAAUGGUGAACGUUUGCAUCUGGGGGCUGUCGUUGGUGGUCAUCCUGCCCAUCAUCAUCUUUGCGGACACCGUCCCGGCCGAGGACGGCGCCGUGGACUGUAACUUCCUGUGGCCGGAGGAAUCCUGGUCCGAAGCCUUUGUGGUCUAUACCUUUCUUUUGGGCUUCCUUCUUCCCGUGGGGGCCAUAUGUUUGUGCUAUUGCCUCAUGGUGGCCAGGAUGCGAGCGGUGGGGCUAAAAGCCGGGUGGCUUCAACGGCGGAAUUCCGAGAAGAAGAUCACCCGCAUGGUGCUGCUGGUGGUGGCGGUGUUCAUCCUCUGCUGGAUGCCCUUUUACGUCGUCCAGCUGGUCAGCGUCUUCCACCGGCCGCCGCACCCCAUGGUCACCCAGCUUUUUGUCAUCCUCAGCUACGCAAACAGCAGCGCCAAUCCCAUCCUCUACGGCUUCGUGUCGGAUCACUUCCGCCGCUCCUUCCAGCGCAUCGUGUGUUUUCGCUGGCUGGAGUCCGGAGUGGAUGCUGAGCAGGUGGACUACUGUGCUGUGGCGGUCAGGGGACAAGGCGCGUGCGCCCAGCUGGAUUUCCACAAAAAUGUCACCGCCUCCGAUGCGGUGUUUCACAACGGAACGUAUACCUCACGCACCACCGCCGUCUGA